CACGUUUUGUUCUUUUUCUCCUGUCUUGCAGACUUCGUUUUAUGGCCGAUUCAGGCACUUCUUGGAUAUCAUUGAUCCGCGCACUCUCUUUGUGACUGAGAGUCGCCUGAAAGAAGCUGUGCAGUUGCUGGAGGAUUACAAGCAUGGAACUUUACCCCCAGGAGUCACCAACAAAGAGCUGUGGGGAGCUCAAAAAAUAAAACAGGCCAUCAUCCAUCCCGACACAAACGAGACCAUCUUCAUGCCUUUCAGGAUGUCAGGUUACAUUCCCUUCGGAACACCCAUUGUCGUUGGUCUUCUCUUGCCCAACCAGACCUUGGCAUCCACCGUGUUUUGGCAGUGGUUGAAUCAGAGCCACAAUGCGUGCGUCAACUAUGCAAACCGAAAUGCGACAAAGCCUUCUCCGACAUCGAAGUUCAUCCAGGGAUACUUGGGAGCUGUGAUAAGCGCUGUCUCAAUUGCAGUGGGCCUUAACGUGCUGAUCCAGCGAGCAAACAAGUUCACCCCCGCCACGCGUCUCCUCAUCCAGAGGUUUGUGCCAUUCCCUGCUGUAGCUAGUGCCAAUAUCUGCAAUGUUGUCCUGAUGAGGCACGCGGAGCUGGAAGAAGGAAUUGAUGUUUUGGACAAUAACGGAAACAUUGUUGGAUCUUCCAGAAUUGCUGCAAAACAUGCACUGCUUGAAACGGCCCUGACUAGAGUGGUCCUGCCGAUGCCUAUACUGGUUCUACCUCCAAUUAUUAUGUCCAUACUGGAAAAAACGUCCCUCCUGAGGUCCCGUCCCCGGAUGAUUCUCCCGGUCCAAAGCCUUGUGUGCCUCGCUGCCUUUGGCCUGGCCCUCCCCUUGGCCAUCAGCCUCUUCCCGCAGAUGUCUGAGGUUGUGUUGGCUUAG